UUUUUUUAUCCCAAUGAUCCUUGUGUUGCAAUUUAUCUCAAUCAUUCCACGUUAAGUAUAAACGUGUGUUGAAGGGCAUUGUUCAACCCACAUUUUUUUCUGAAGAGAUUUCUCACAAGAACUGAGGGAAGCAUCCAACUUGGGAGGAAAUGCGCAUCUCACAUGUCACCAGUGCGAUAAUGAAUCGCUUGAUUGUGUUGGCACUGACCCUUGAUAUAGUUGUUGGCAGCGAUGAAGUCACCUUCGUCACCGCAAGUUGCAGAGAUGACAUAACUUUGCACUGUACUUUCCAUAAAAAUUGUCAGAACUACACCUCUGUUACAUGGUACAAGUUCAACGAUAACAGCAGUGACGGAGCUUCAAAAAUGACAAUUGUCAUCAAAUCUGAAAAUGUCAUCCAGACUGAUAAGCACAACAAUUCUUUAUCACUGGAUAAAAAUGCAUCUUUGGUUUUAAGGAAAGUUACUCCUGCCAAAUCUGGGAUCUACAUGUGUUUAAUAAGAGCCAAAGCUGGAGGAAUGAACUGUCAAAAUCGGGUUAGACUUAAUAUCUCAGAUUGUGUGUCAACAGCUUCACCCAUCAUCUUUAAUUUCUCCACUAAGUUUACUAAUGAAUCAUGGGCAAAUAUCAGCAUCCCACUGCCUCGUGUGAAUGAUGAGUCAGUGCUCUUUGUCCUUUGGGGUUGUGUAGGAUUGGCUGUGAGUAAACUUGUCCUCAGUGCUUUUUGCAUAUGGGUUUUCAAGGAACUCAGUAAACUUAAAAGAAGAGAGACUUAAGGACCAGCCACUGUUUACCUGCCAUAUGGUUUAAUAAUGUAUUAUCAUCAUUAUUAGAAUUAUUUAUAGUAUUUUAUACUAUAAUAGCAUUUUUUACUUAAUAGCUUUUAUAUUUAUAUUUUUAGUUUUCAUUUUUAUUUUUAUUUUUAUUUAAUUUUGUCUUGUACAUUUUUUAUUUACUAAUAUUUUAUUUAUUUAAGUGUACCAAAGCAAAUUGUAAUAGUUUUAGCUAACAGUAACACUGCUUCCUACAAUAUCUAAAUAAAUUUGUAUCAAUU